CAUCGAUGAUCAAUGAUCAUCGAGCAUCCCUAGUACUCGGUCUCCUCAUUGCAAGUUUGAGGUUACAAUUAGCUUAGCAGUUAGCUGAUUAGCUCCUUAGCUCAUCAAUUACAGUUAAUAACAAAAGUAAGCCAUAGCUUCUUGUCUCAAAUUGGAUUUAUGGUACUAGUACCAAAAGAGACAACAUGUCAGUCUCAGCAAUGCUACGCAGAACUUUAAUAAAUGGAACCGUAUAUUCAGCGGCUGCAAUGCGUAUGGCUUCAACACAACCGGAUAAAAAUGUAUAUUUCGAUGUCACAGCCGAUGGUGAACCGUUAGGCCGAAUAGUUAUGAAACUAAAUUCUGAUGAAGUUCCUAAAACUGCUGAGAACUUUAGAGCAUUGUGUACUGGUGAAAAAGGGUUUGGUUAUAAAGGAUCUUCAUUUCACAGAAUCAUUCCUGCGUUCAUGUGCCAAGGUGGAGAUUUUACAAACCAUAAUGGCACUGGAGGAAAAUCUAUUUACGGCCGGAUGUUUCCUGAUGAGAACUUCAAACUGAAACACACUGGUCCUGGAAUUCUAUCAAUGGCUAAUGCUGGCCCCAACACUAAUGGAUCGCAGUUCUUUAUUACAACUGAUGCUACACCAUGGCUUGACAGGAAACAUGUUGUUUUUGGUUCAGUAGUUGAAGGAAUGGAUGUUGUGAGAAAAAUGGAAGGUUUGGGUUCCAAGAAUGGAAAGCCCUCUAAAAAAGUGGUUAUUGCAGAAUGUGGUGAGUUAGAUUAGUUUAAAUUUGAGAGUAGUGUAGAUUUAAGAAUCAGUGUUAUAUAUUAGUAAUUAUUAUAUUGUUUUGUAUAUGUAUAUUGUAUAGUAAAAUUAGUAGUUAGUAAAAUCUAUAUUCAA